ACUGUUGUCGUUCUGUCGAAACUGAUGUUCUUUUCAAGUUUGCUCCAGGUAUAGAUGUUGGCUAUGGCGUGUGUUUCAGGAAUUACACAUGGACCAGGCUUGUCGCUGAUCGCCACCAAGAGGAACAAGUGAGAAAACAGUGUACCGAAUGUGACUUUGAGUUGAAUUGAAGCCGUUGUCGGGUAAAGAUGGCAGUCUGCGUGGCAUCCGUGAGUCAAAAGGAGCUGGUUGGUGUGGUGAAGUCAGCCCUAGUGAAGGCGUGGCGAGAACGGUGGUCGGACAUGCACUGGGGUGUGCAACUACGCCAGAUCCUCACUACCUUUCCACAAGCAGGGGAGACAACUGAUCUAGCUGAUGUUCUACUACAGCAGGCACUUGUGGGACCAAAUCCUAACAAAAUUGUGCUGUCCUUUCUGAGGCAUGCAGUCUGCACUCAUGUUAUCCGAUACAGCGCUGUCUUUGACAGCAUUGUCAAGUAUGAAGAUAUCAAUAAACAUUACUGCGUGGUCGGACUUAUUGGGCUGGCCGAGGAAUUCUUGGCCUCAUUGAGUUUUGACUGCGGAGCUGAGGCAGCCCUGAACUUGGCCAAGUCUCUACAGUCUCUCUCGUACUGGUUCCUCACCUGCAUACUCAAGCGUCUCCAGGACAAUAAGCAGAUGGCCGAGUCUCUGGAGGUGAUGGAGUGCGCCGUGUCAGCGCUGCAGCGUGCACUGCAGCAGCCGUCCGUCUGCUCACUGCUCUAUAUAGCCAGGAUGGAGGAGUCAGACACGUAUCGCCUACUGGAACAAGCUGAAGUGGAUAUCCGUGGGACACUCAGUCAGCUUCCCCAGGGCUACAUUCCCAACCCUCUCAAGGAGAAGAUUAGUGAAACGUUUUCUCUCAUGGACAGUGUCCAGGAGAUACAAGUGGACAAUAAGCCAGUACUUGAUCUCUCCGACCAGCCUGUCUGCUCUUCCCUGAAUGGUCUGGUCUCCCUGGAAGCUGUGCUCAACCCCACCAAUAAUAUACAGCCUUUUGUAGAGCAGCUCUUUGUCAUAAAGAAGCUACAGAAAAUGUCUCGCAGUGACUUGUGUCGGGAGCUGUUCCGGGCUUGCUAUAUGGGUCUGAUCGACUCGACAGGGAAACACGAGGAGAGGAAAUGGGCAGCAUUUACCUUCCUUAAGCUACCGCAGGUCCUGAUCCGUGUGAAAAACAGUUUUAAUGGUCGUGAUUUUUCUGAGGACCUGGAAAAAGGUAUAGAUGACCUGCUGAACUAUACCCCUAUCUUGGACCUGACCGACACCAAGUGCAACUGUGACUGUCUACAAAUACUACUGGGCGAGUGUCAUAAACAUGGACUUCUGUCUGAGCUACAGUGGAAGAAGUUAAUGCAGAGAAGAACUUCAGAGAGUCAGAAGACCCACCCUGUAGAGCCGCCAAUACAACAGCCUAGCGCAAGUCUAAUCCUGAGAGCUGAACCCACAGUCACCAGUAUCAUGAAGACAUUAGAUGCAGAUUUCUCUAAAAACCAGGAUGCUUUGCUGGGGGUCCUGUCUCACAUGUCUUGCGGGAAGAGCUUUGAGCUGAUACUGGCAGCAGCGGCUGCCACGGGCAACCUGCAGGGCUUCUCUGUCAAACUAGUAAGGUUGAACGAGUUUGCUAAGCAGUCUUCUGGGGAGACAGGAAAAGGAGCACUGAAUCGCUCCUUGCUGUUUGACAUUUCCUUCCUCAUGCUCUGUCACAUUACGCAGAUCUACGGCACUGAGACUUUCUGUUUGCAGAUCCUCUCAUGCAGCGCAGACUGCAUGGAGUCUUUUUUCGUGAAAUGGGCGGUGCGCUGUCUGCCAGAUGAGGGCAAGUACAAGUCAAUAGACAACAGCGGUCCCACCGACUCCCUCAAGCUGGACAGUCUGCUGAGCCAGAUGUACGUGGGCGGGGAGAUCAAGACUAGCCUGCAGAAGUGGAAUGAAGUGUGCAUGAAUGCUCCGUUUGCUGUUCAGGAGGUCUUGUUUGCAUGGGAACAAGGAGUUAUUCCUGCUGAGAAUGUGAAGGUGACCUUGGACAAUGUGAAGAGCCGAAUGUGCUGCCUGCCCAUUGUUGUGUCUGCCUGGCUGUGCAGUUACAUCAACACUGUGGGGGAGGAGGGACGGGCCAAACCCCUCAGCAUGUUACAACAGCUCCUUAAGACCAUUCAACCAGACCCCACAAACCAAUACUACAAUGAAAGGUCACACCUGAUGGUCUCUGUACUGAGGAAGAUGACAAGCGAUAUCCUACCAGCAGCCCAGACUCUCUCCCAGGAGCACCUGAUUCCAGCCAAGACUCUGCCCAAUGAUGCCUUGGCUCGCUGCCUCAGGACAGUGUUCAGUCAGGGAUGGUUAGAUCUCACUUCUCUGCACACCCUGGAGCAGAUCCUCAACCUCUGUGGCUCUGACUGGCUGUGCGACCAGCUUGUCAGACACAUGCUUGAGGGUAAACAGCCAAUAGACCUGACGAGAGCCCUCAGCAUGGCGUUCUCAGCAUUCCACAUAGACUUGGAGCCCCUGACCCUCAGUCUGCUGCUCCACACACUGCCCACACUCCUCCAGUCCUCCCACAGGAUCCACCUGCUGAUUGACCCACGGGGCUACACGCUCGCUAAGCUCUGUGUCAUGUGUAUUAGCUCGGCUUACACUGCUAAGACGGCUCAUAAAGAUUGUGUGGGAUAUGCGCGUCGUGGCAGGAAGCGAUCCCGAAAAGAUGUUGAUCUAGAGGACUUGGAAGAAAGUGAGAGUAGACCAAGUAAACAAAGACGGAUCCAGGAUCCCGCGGAGAUCACUUUCCACCUGGACGGAUAUAAUCUAGAUCUGAUAACACCGAAGGAAGAUGGGGAGAUGUCGCCCACAUACGAUACCAGGGACCCCUUAAAUAAAGCUUUAGUGAAUCUCUUCCGGAUGUUGAAUGCUGUGUCCAAGGACAGUCAGGUUGGCCCCAGGACAAGUUUUACUGUAGCCUUCAUCGAUGAGGCCAUUCGAUGUGGACCAAAGUUUGCUCGCUAUAUUUUACAGUUUAUGCCUCCUCAGAUGAUGAGUCACUUGAUGAAGAUGAUGCCCGAAGCCUUUUCUGAUCAGCAUGUUCUUAACGGCUGUGACUUGUCCUCGCGGGUUGGAAGGAAGGUGGCCGCUAAAGCCAUCUGCCAAAACACACGCUACCAUCGACGGAAAAGCAGCGCCAAGGCUGCAGACACUGCUUCUCUGACGUAAUAGUGACAUGGAGAGCAUGUGAGAACUCGCGCCACACGUGAGGGAAGACAGCUCCUCAGUGACGUUUUACCAAAGUGCAAUGUACAGCCAUAGCAGAUGGAAACAGCUGAUAUAAAGAGAUUACACAACAUGAUGUUGCCAUGUGUAACUGAAUAUUUGAAUAUGAAUGUUUCUGGGUAGUGAUUUUUUUUUUAGCUCGCCUUACAAAGUAAGGAGCGGUAUUGUGAGAGAGGGAUCAGAUGCUUUGGUGGUGUCCAGUUUGGUUAAAGUUUUUGACCAAUCCUAGGGUUGCAGUGGCCAUCCAUAGUACACACACAACCAAUCAUCGGUAGCAAUUUGCAUAUUGCAAUAAAGACCAAGGAAGUCCUCAUAGCUCAACAUCUUGCUCAGCUAUUUGCCUACAAUAGUAAUUGGAUUGCCAAAUGUGGUUCGCAAUUUGUGUAUCAAAGACCUCUGUGGUAAAGCUGUGCACUGCCCACAGUGUCUUUUUUUACCACCACAAUCAUUUACAACAGCAUAACAUAUGACUUCUAUUAAGUCACAGCUGUGUAAGCCUUAAGCAUACGAUAAACAGUUAUAUUUGUGACAGUAUAAUCAUUUUGUAAUCUUUCUUGUUGAUUUAAAGGCAAGAUCAUAACACUAUAGUAGAGGAUAAUAUCUGUGUAUGACAGUGUCAAUCAUUCUACUUCUUGUUGGUUUAGAGGUCAAUAUUUGAAUGUAUCACAUGACGUGAACAUCAUGCAGUUUUACAAACUGCUCAAUCAGGCGACCGGUAAUCUCUUGGUACCUUGUUGUUACCUGGCAGUGGAUGCUUGUCAUUUUACAAUGGCUGUUUAUUGUAACUUGGCACGGACUCUCAUAUUUAUUCACCUGAUUAUAUGUUCACUGUCAGAUUGUUGCCAGGUUUUAUUAGUCAGCUAAUAAAUGAUCCCAU